UUGAACCAGAUUGGCUACCGAAUUCAAUUUUUCUAUUGGGGCUAUAGGUGUUCUCCCGGGGAAAAUAACCAAUGGAGUUGAUUACGUUGCUCCUCGCAGUUCUCCCUUUAACACCAACGGUAGAUAGGAACCGAAAUGUCUCACGACAAUCUAAACCCAGGGCUCAGGCAAGAAAACCAGGGAAGCGUGAAAGAGCUCACUCGUCCAAAGUUAGAUCUAGCGAAUAGCGAUAGCGUUUUUGUUUGUAUAACAACUUGUAAUCCACACUCAUAGUUUCGGAUAUUCAAAAGUUUGAUCGAAUCAAAACGGUAAUGUGGCUAAUAU